UGCAGAUAACAGCUGCCAUAACCAGCUACCUACUGGAGAGUGACUGACUAACUGGCUGCCUGUGACAAUGGCUUUCAAUGGAACAUGGCAAGUUUACCUUCAGGAGAACAUUGAGCAAUUCCUGCAAGCCAUCUCCCUGUCGGAAGAUAUUAUUAAGAUUGCAAAAGAUGUGAAACCAAUCAUUGAAAUCCAACAGAACGGCAACGACUUUGUCAUCACAACAAAAACACCCAAGCAGUCACUCACAAACUCCUUCACUAUUGGAAAGGAAGCUGACAUUACCACCAUGGGAGGAAAGAAGCUCAAGUGCACUGUCAAUUUGGAUGGGGGGAAGCUUGUGUGCAAAACAGAGACGUUCUCUCACACCCAGGAGAUCCAGGACGGCGAGAUGGUUGAGAAAAUAACAAUUGGCUCUGCUACCCUCACCAGAAAGAGCCGAAAGGUUUGACACCAUCACAACAGACCUCCCGUACUGAAGGAAUGGACAACUUCGUAAUCUAAUAGAUCAACCUGUAAAAACUCAAAAUAAAACAUAUUGAUGUUCAUACAGUGAA